AUGUUCUUCUUGAAGGAUUUGUCGUUGAACUUGACUCUUCACCCGUCAUACUUCGGCCCGCAGAUGGACCAAUACUUGCGAGACAAACUCUUGAGCGAUGUGGAGGGCACUUGUACUGGCCAGUUUGGCUACAUUGUAUGUGUGUUGGAUUGCAUGAAUAUCGACGUUGGCAGAGGACGAAUUAUUCCCACUACCGGCAUGGCAGAGUUUGAGGUCAAGUAUAGAGCGGUGGUGUGGAAACCAUUCAAAGGUGAGGUGGUGGAUGGUGUAGUUACCACCGUCAACAAAAUGGGAUUCUUCGCGGAUGUUGGCCCAUUGUCAGUGUUUGUCAGUACCCAUUUGAUUUCCUCGGAUAUGAAGUUUAAUCCAUCGGCAAAUCCGCCAGCAUAUGUGAGUCCUGACGAGACCAUCGAGAAGGGAUCGCGGGUCAGAUUGAAGAUCGUUGGUACCAGAACAGAUGUGAACGAAAUCUAUGCCAUUGGAAGCAUCAAAGAGGACUACUUGGGCCCCAGUCCGAUGUAA